AUGGAGACUGAAUCAUACUCUGGUGAGGAAGAGGUCGAGGAUGAUCAGGACUACACUAAUCCUGCUUUGAAGAAGCGCCGUGAUGCCACUGCUAUUGAUGCCCUACCUCCCGCGCCCGAAACUCCACCACCAACAAUACCCUCUCCAAUCAAUGACGACAGUAACCUGAAUGAUGGAGACGAAAGUGACGAUGAACCGACGGGUAUGAACAGUGGACAAAACGAGGAUAACGACCUCUUGGGUAACGGAGAAACCAGUAAAGAAUCAUCUUCUAAUGAUCUCAACCUGUCUGCUUCUGCCACAACGGUAUAUACAGGGGCGCAAAGAGCUGCACUUCAGUCGGCAAGGACACCACUGGAAAGAUUUCGAGCCAUUGCUCAGACCAUCAAGCAUAACUUGAAAUGGGCUAAGAUGCUCUCUUUACCGAAGCAAGACGAUCAACAGAAAUCUCAGUUCACCGUCGAACACGAAGACGGUCCCGAUACAAGUCUGACAUUCAACGUGAAUGCCUUCAAGGCGAACGUUCAGACGGUAAAUACACUUCCCACUGCCGUCAAGCUUAUACUCAGGAAGAACCCUUGGGAAAGAACAACGGCAGAUUUGGCUUACGUCUUUAGUUUCAUCGACAAGCUGAAGUGUUUCGAGCGGUAUUCCAGCACAGUCAGGCAAGAGUUGUCAUGUGUAUUGCACUACGAAUCCUUCGAAGACGGUAGAGUCAUUGUGAGACAGGGACAUCCAGGACUAUCUUUCUAUUUUAUCCUUUCUGGUACGGUCAUUGUGGAGGUUACGGAAGAAGAUAAAAGAACAGGGGAACGCAACACACAUAUUAUUGGUGAGAAUACAGCUGGGUCUUCAUUUGGAGAAUUGUCUCUACUUCACGGUUCUAGACGAACCGCCACCAUCUCUUGCAAAGGUGAUACAGAGUUCCUACGUCUUGACAAGCCAGACUUUGACUUGGUUCUUAGACGGAGUUACCAGCAGGAGUGGGAUACCCGCAUGAGUGCUCUCAGGUCAUUGGCAGCGUUCGGACAUUGGAGUGAGGAAGAACUAAGCGCUACUAACGACAGAGCAAAGCUAGAAGAGUUUCUGCCAAACACACCUAUAAUUAGCAACCUCACCCAAUCACCGGAUGACAUCUACUUCAUAAAGUCUGGUGUCUGCAAGGUUGUACGUGAGUUCACGCUGUUACAGAGUUGUCUACCCUUUGGGCACACCAAACUCUCUUUGCCUCCAUUGGAUGCUAAUCACAACGUUCCGGAGUCAUUUAAACCGGAGAGAUACCAACGUGUUGUUCGUAAGCUCCUACAUGUCGCUAACAUUGGAAGGGGAAAAUUCUUUGGAGUUGGGGAGGACCUCCAUGGUACCCACAUCAUUUCCACUGGUAAAGUAGAGUGCAUCCUAGUGUCUAGAGUGUCCUUUAUGCGGCACGACAGGGGGAUAUCUUUAGAGCAAAUGCAAUCCAUGGUCUCUCAGCUUUAUCCAUCAUACGAUGAGACGUUUGCUAACUUUCUGUUGGACAAGAAGUGGCGAGCGUACAAACGUAGACUCGUCAAGGAGCUCAUGCAGAAGCGUAAUAUCCCUAAUAACACAACUAGGGAAGACGUACCUCUCAUCUUGCGUCAUCAGGAUAUGCAAUGACUGGUGGAAGUCUAAAUAGGUCCUUUUCGAAACCUCGGCAUUGGAUUCGGCUCUGGCUAGCUGGUCCCGCGGUUGUUUCGAAAAUUGUGCGUGUUUUGCGUACGCGCUCAGGGCUUCAGAUGAGAAGCGGAGCCUGAAGCCGAAGCCGUGGUUUCGAAUAGGGCCAUAGCCAAGCCUUUAGUGUGCCGUUAUAAAUAAAUAAAAAUGAUGAAAACACUUUCAUAUAUUUUGUUUCCUUUUUUUGAGGGGGGGGGGGGGGGUGCUUAAACAAUUUUGAUCAUUUACCGUUUCCUAGAAAUUAUC